AUGGCUGGUGAGAAAGGAAACCCUGAUCCCAAGUCCGCGGAGCCUUCUGCAGCGACGGGAAGGGAAACCCCUGCUUCUGGACCCGUACUUCCAAUAACAUCAUCUGCCUCCGCGCGGAGAACAUACGGUACACUCGAUAAAUCUUCCCUUGAAGCGACCAAUCCAGAACUACGUGAUGGCGCCCAAGAGGAGAGCUCGACUCGCGCAUUUACAACCCAAUCGUCCAAUGCCCCCGAAAAGUCCCGAAAGCCCUCGCUAUCGCGUCGCAUGUCUUCUAAACGUCAAAUCCCCCACAAGGGGCAAGGGUUCUCGACAGAUGAUGAUGUCGAUGAGGUCAAGCAAUAUAUGACAAUGAAGCAAGGCGCGAAUACGCAACAAUCUCCCAGAAUUCGUCCACUACGAACGCAAAGCUCGACCUUGAGACGACGUCCCAGUGUUCGUCCCAGUCCCUUGGCGAGAGCCGAUUCGGAGGGCUACAAUGCGGAGGAAACAGGCUUGCCUGAACCAGGUCUGGAUUUUGAAGAAGACUUCCCUUCUUCGAAACAGGCCGGGCAUAGCAGCGGAGGGGAUAGUGAGGACGACGAGGGGGAUGACAUAGAAGACGACGAAGACGCAGCCAGCGAUGCUGAGAGCUUCACGCUCAAAGAUCGCCAACAGGCCAUCAACGAAACGCAUCCGUUUGGUAUCAGGUUAUGGAAGCCUGCGUUGUACAAGAAGAGUCGUUCUGUAGAGAAGACGGCCGAAGGUGAUAUUCACUCGUCCCCGGGAGGCUAUACCGAUGAGAACUAUGCCGAAGAAGAUGAGGGCGAGGGACGCAGUAUCAGUGAAUAUGAACAAUGGCAGAAUGGUGAUCUGGAACAUGGUCGUCUUUUCUUCGGGCCUCGCAGAGAUCGGUCCCUUGUCGGUAGACGAAGGAACAGCGUUGAUUCAGCCGGAGAGCAAGACAGCCUGCUCGGGCGGCCCCAGCGUGGACAACGAGAAGACUCUUCUCAGCUCGCUCAAUCUAAGCGUCGCCUUUUUGGGCGGGGCGAAUGGACCUUGGGUCGUGUCGUGUUCUUCGUGUUCUUCUACUUCUUAGUCGGCCCGCUGAUGCUCAUGGUAUCCCUUGUCUGCUGGCUUUUGGUCUUUUGGAUUCCAAUGGGCCGUAUAACCAUUACACUGGUAAGCCAUUUACGCAGGCAUCCUUUAGCACUGUCCUUCCACUCCGAUUCCACAUAUGCGAGAUCAAGCACAACCACAUCUUCUUCCUCCAUUCUUCUUUGCACCUACAGAGCCGCGGGAACGAGGUACUGGAAGUACACUCUCGAUGGAACGAACAUCUUCCUGAUCAACCUUCUUGGUGUGGUUGUUUUUGUCAUUUUCGACUAUCAUGUUUUGGGCAAAUUCUUGGGCUUGCAGAACUGGCUCACGCAUCCGGCCUUGAUAUUCCCUCUUGCUCUGCUAUCUAUCAUUCCUCUUGCUUAUUUCAUUGGACAAGCCGUCGCCUCCAUCUCCGCUCAAUCUUCUAUGGGCCUUGGUGCUGCUAUCAAUGCCUUCUUCUCAACUAUCGUAGAAGUAUACCUCUACUGUGUCGCUCUAACUGAGGGCAAGGCUCAGCUUGUUGAGGGAAGCAUCAUCGGCAGCAUCUUUGUCGGCAUUCUCUUUCUCCCUGGUUUGUCAAUGUGCUUUGGCGCGCUUAAACGCAAGACCCAACGGUUCAAUGUGAAGUCAGCCGGUGUGACCUCGACGAUGUUGUUGUUCGCGGUUAUUGCUGCUUUUGGUCCCACUCUCUUCUAUCAGGUUUAUGGUAGUCAUGAGCUGAACUGUUACUCGUGUGUCAGUUCCCUCGAUCCGGAGAUUCGAGAUUGCCGUCGCUGUUAUUUCUCACAAACAGCGGCUGUCAAUGACCAGUUCUUUCAAAAGGCGGUACAACCAUAUGCAUGGAUCGCCGCUGUUUUCUUGUUCCUUUCAUACUGCAUCGGCUUAUGGUUUACCCUCAGGACUCAUGCAGCUCUCAUCUGGUCAUCAGAGAUAGAAGAAAAAAAGGGUGCCCAUGCGACGCAAUCUGCCCAGGAGUCAUUCUACGAACCACGCCAACAACUCUUCCCAAAUGGCCAACCCGAAGCCUCCGGUGCCGCUUCUGGGGCUAGAGAUUCCAUCCGCGAAUCUCAACUGUAUAAACGAAUUUUAGGCCAGUCACUAAAGCAUUUCGGCUUGGAAGACAAUGACGCGGGAAAUUGGGAAGGGGUUGGAAGUGAGGGUACCGCAGACUUUAAAGGCAAUUUCCCACACUUGGUACCCCCCAAUUCCAGCGGUGAAGACAGUUACCCUGUGCCGAAGUCCGUCCGUGGCACGGCCAAAGAAGACAACGAGCGUCUAGUACGCCAGUUCACAGAAGUGGCAGCAACAGCAGCAGCAGUGGCUGCUCGGGAUGUGGCUCGAAGUCGCAAGCCUAAUGUCCAACAUCAUCAAGCUUCUGUUCGCCAAGCUAGCCGCUCUGCUCCAGAUCGAUCACGAAAUACUGCUCCAGAUGAGCUUGAAGAUCUCGGAUUGGGUGUGGAGCCCAGUCAUGCUAGCGGAGGACACGAUGCACCCAAUUGGAGCAAAGUUAAAAGCUCUGUCGUUCUUCUUGGGGCAACACUCCUCUAUGCGGUGAUUGCCGAGAUUCUUGUCAACACAGUUGAUGUUGUGCUAGAGAGUGUGGACAUUGAUGAGAAAUUCCUCGGCAUUACACUUUUCGCGCUGGUGCCGAACACGACGGAGUUUUUGAACGCCAUUUCAUUUGCCAUGAACGGCAACAUUGCUUUAUCUAUGGAAAUUGGAUCUGCCUACGCACUGCAGGUCUGUCUACUACAGGUUCCUGCUGUGGUAUUCUUCAGCGCUUUCUACGGCCGCUCACUGGACCCAUCUGACCUUGUCAGCCACUCAUUCAACCUGAUAUUCCCUCAAUGGGAUAUGAUUACCGUUAUCUUAUGCGUCUUCCUUCUUUCGUAUGUAUACGGCGAAGGAAAAAGCAACUACUUCAAGGGAUCCGUCCUUGUACUCACCUACCUUGUCGUUCUGCUUGGCUUCUAUAUGUCGGGCUAUGUGGACAUGGACAGCAUGGGCGUGGAUCGAUUUGAUACCCUAGCCCUAAGCGGCACCAGUAGUUCUAACAAGUUCUACACUAUCGGCCGAACAAGAGGUGGAGUGGCCUAUUAG